AUGGAUGAGACUCAAACAGAACGACUAAAAAAAAUAAUAUCGGAAUCACUACGCGAUGAAGCAGCAAGAUCGACGGCUGCAGCUACUAACACAACGACAACCACGGCGAACUCGUCUAAUGCUGGUGUGGCUGUCUCGUUAAAACUAGCAAGUAAAGGAAUUCGAGAGAUGCCAGUGGAGGUCAUUGAAUUAAUUAGUACUUAUGGUAUAGAAAGAUUGGGACUCGAACAAAAUCAUUUAACCAGUAUGCCACGUGAAAUUUGUAAAUUAUCGAGAUUACGGUAUCUUGAUCUUAAUUCUAAUGAGUUCAAAACAUUUCCUGCCGCUCUUUGUGGGAUGCAAAACUUAGAAGUGCUGGAUCUGAGUAAAAAUCAGAUUCGAAAGCUUCCCAAAAAUUUUGGAAAUCUGAUUUCGUUAACGGCACUAAAAAUCUCCAAAAACCAAAUAAGAAAACUCCCUACCUAUAUUGGCGAAAUGAAAAAUCUGCAAUAUUUAAGGGUGGAGCACAAUCCGCUACAAUUUCCGCCGAGAUCGUAUAUUUUGAUGCCAAAAGAAAAAGCUGCGCAACAAAAAUGGUUGAAUAGCUUAAAAGAGUUUUUGAGGCAAUGUCAGAUUGAUCAAAAUGUUGACCGAAAUGAUAUUGAAUUUGAGACGAGCGAUAGCAGCGAAGAUGACGGAAUCGAUAAGAUACCAAGAAAGGCAGGGUCAGUUGAUAACAAUGCUUUUGUGACAAAUGCAUCCACGCGACAACAAGGAGGAAACGGCAACGGGGAAACAUCUAAUAAUUCAUUGAACACUAUCAAUGAGAAUGAGCAAGUGAUACAAAGACACGAACGAAGACGUGGGAAUGGUGUGGGCGGAGUACCCUCAAACCUAAUUCUUGAUUCACCUCGACGUGAUAGAAGCCUAAGCAAUGAUACUUAUGAUCCGGCGAUAAUAGGAUAUCGAUUACGACAUCAUGCCAAAAGUUAUUCACAGGAUUCCAUUAAUUCUUUGAGUAGUCUGAACGAUUGUAUUAAUAGUGGGGAUGGUUAUUUCCAAAAAAUUCGAACUUUAUCUUAUGCAGAAUAUCUUCAGCCAAAUGAUAUUUCAUUAAGAGAAGCGAGUCGAAGUAUUCUAUAUUCAUCAUCUCAAAUACUCAAAGGAAUUAGUCAAUUCACGAGUUUUACUGCCACUGAAAAAUUAUUCACCAAAGAAUUACGUAACGCGACAAAAUUCAAUGAUCAAUUGGUUGUCGCAUUGGAACAAUUUGAUAACGAUUCAAUGACAAAAAGACCUGAUGGGGAAACAUGUGUGAAAUUAUUGAAAUCAUGUCAAUCGAAUGUUUCGGUAUUCCGUAGUUUGAUAAGUGCACUUCAACAUCAGCUACGUAAUAUUACUCAGUUAGCUGAGAAUAUUCGUUAUUCGCGCACUCUACUGUUAACGCUUCAUGGAGCAAUUGCGGAAAUAAAAUUCGCGUGGGAGACAAUUUCACCAUUGUUAAAAGAUUACACGCCUUAUAGCAAUGCAUCCACACCGUAUAGAUUGAGAUCAAUGUCUCGUUCGAAUAGCAAUCCUGGUGUUAACGUGGUUACUGGCAUCCCACCUCCUUAUUCAGCGAGUAUCAUUACCACGUCUAAUCCAUCAACUACUACAACUGCUGUUUCUGUAUCAUCACCUUCAAGUAUUCCGAGUGUGCCCUCGACACCUUAUGCCUCGUCAAUACACGUUUCCAAUUCAUCGAUUUCUUCUGUUUCUACUUCUGCGACUCUUGUUCCCACUAUAAGUUUCAAUGAACAAUUAAUGAACAAAGUAGAAACUUCUAUAUCCUGUUUUGAGCACGUGUUUAAAUACUUGAUGAAAACAGUUGAACAGGCACAGAAUACCACUUUUGAUGAUCAACAACAACCAGAAAUACGAAAUAAAAUCAAAGAUUUGGCAUUACACAUAAAAAAUACCAAAGAGGUGACGAUUCGGCUAAAAAUAUCAUUACAAUCGACCAGAUCUACAUCAACAUCGUCAGUUGAACAUGGCAUACAAGUUAGAUUAUACGAUGAUACAAUGGCGUUUAUACGGAAAACCGUCGAAAUGAUGAGCCUUGUGAAAGACGUGAUGGAAGGAUACCCUAUACUACACGAACAAGAAGUUCGACAUGGGUUGGCACAUGUCAGUAAAUCCAAUAAAGAGUUGACUAAUUUACUAAGUCAGUUAGGUAUAAAUCCACCACACGCAGUUACUUCACAGUCGUUUAAUGAACAUCAUCCGUAUCAACAACAUCAACGAAAUUCGUCGAAUGAAGAAAAUCACCGGAAAAUUAGUAUUAAUGAGGGCACUGUGAUCGUUAAUGGUAAUAUUACCACCGCCGGAGGCGAAUUAGUCAAUGGGGUAGAUACCGCGGUGUCACCUUAUUCUAUAAACGCUGUAGGACAUGUUCAUGAUAAUCAGAAAAAUUUUAAUGAGAAUAAU